AUGGCGUCUCUCCUCUCCCUCCUUACAGUACUCACUGUAGCACAACCUCCAACCCCUAAUACCUCCUACAAACCACCAGUACCAUUACUUCCACCUCCUGGUCUCCUCAUGUCUGCGGUGAUUUUUCCCCAGACAUUUGGAGGAGCAUAUGUUAUAUCGAUAGGAGUGGGUACCCCUCCUGUCAACCAGCUUAUGAUUAUAGACACAGGGAGUGACAUUACGUGGUUUCAGUGUAAACCCUGUAAUUGUUACCAAAUGCCGGGGGUAUUCGACCCACUCAAUUCCACUUCCAUUUCAGUGGUGCCUUGUGACUCCUCUGCCUGUAAUCAACUCCAGCGACACAGUUGUAGCAAGAGUCAGUGUCAAUACGAGGUGGACUACUUGGACAACUCUUUCACCAACGGCUCGCUUGUGCUCGAAACGCUCACAUUUGGAAGCACUGCUGUUUUGAAUGUACUCACUGGGUGCGGGCACUCAAACUUCGGCUUCAUGCUUGGAGCCCACGGCUUGGUUGGCCUUGGAGGAGGGCCACUUUCAUUGGCUACUCAGCUUCGGGUACAUGGACGGGCAGGCAUCUUCAGUUAUUGCUUGCCCAAUCUGCAUGGAGGGUUACUUGGUUGGUUGAAUUUCAGCCUUCCAAAUGUCGUGUUACCUACGGGAACUGCAUGGAUUCCCUUAGUCCGCACCACAAAAAUAAAGACUCAUUACCAUGUUGAGCUAUCGGGCCUUGGGAUUGGAAACAUGCAGCUACCCAUUCCCCAAAACAGCUUCAAGGGAGGCGCGAUCAUAGAUUCAGGUACAACAUACACCUACCUACCGAGGCUUGUUUACGAGGCUAUUCGUAAUGCCUACCUUGCAAAAACAGUAAAUCUUCCUCGGGCCCCUGCGACCUCCUUGUUUGACACGUGCUAUAACCUAUCCGGCUUAGAGUCGGUUCAAGUUCCAAAUGUGUCAUUCUUCUUCUCUGCCGGACCAAUUCUAACAUUGCAAAUGUGGAACAUUCUAGUUGAGCAAGAACGUUAUGUUGGUGAAAGAAUUUUCUGUUUUGCAUUUAUCCCUACCAGUGAUGUUACAUCUAUUAUUGGGAACACUCAACUAGCUGGAAUUCAGACUUCCUUCGAUGCAGAGGCGGGAUAUGUGGGAUUUGGUCCGAGCAUUUGUGGUCCUCCAGAAAGUUCACCUCAUUGUCAUGGGCAUUGGCCUCCUAGGAGGAGUAUAGCCUUGGAGAAUUAUAUUCCUCCAAAUCCCUUAUUUCUAUGUUUAUUUACCUGCUUUUAUGUGUUAAUUAUAAGUAUCCUUGAUUGA